GAGAGCCGAAUCCAGGAGAGGGGGCUCCCGAGAUCUGGGUCAGGAAUUAAGGGUCUGCGACGCGGCCCCACUCGGGCCCUGGGCGCCCCUGGAGCUCCCCGGCUGUCAGCCCCGCUAGCCCUGCGCAAUUCCUGGGAGCGCCGCAAGCCCGCCCGCAGGCGGGGCGGAGCCGGGGCUGGGUUGGGGGUGCCGAACCCACCCGGCGGCUGCGCCUGCCACUCCGCAGCUGAGGUGCAUUUGGUGCGGCGGUCCGGCGAAGGAGCGCGCACCGAGCAGGGGACAGAGCGUCGGGCGGACAGACCGACGGACGGACGCCCCCGCACACGCAGACGCACAGAGCUCGGGGCGGCCCCCGUCACACACAUACACACUCGCGCAGACACUUACAGGGACACACGCAGAUACACGCACACUCGCGCGCGCACAUCCUCCCGCCAGCCAGCCUGCCCGCCCGUUCGCCGGCGCCCGGAGCCCGCUCUGGCCGGAGGGAGAGAGAGAACCACGCCGCUGAUGACUCCGAGGCAGGGGCCCUGGACAUGUGCUGCAGUGAGAGGCUGUCGGGUCUCCCCCAGCCGGUAGUGAUGGAGGCCCUGGACCAGGCCGAAGGACUCACGGCCUCUCCGAGAGAAAUGCCACCACCACCCCCUCCUUCACCGCCCUCAGAGCCAGCUCAGAAGCCGCCACCUCAAGGCACCGGGAGCCACUCCCUCACUGUCAAGAGCAGCCUGUGCCUGUUAGCUGCCUCCCAGUUCCUGCUGGCCUGCGGGAUGCUUUGGCUCAGCGGCUAUGGCCCCGUCUGGUUGCAGAAUGCCACCCUCCUGGAACAGCUGGGACCCGCGGCCUGGCUGGGUGUGGGGACCUGGGACGUCCCCAGUCUGCUGCUGGUCUCCGUGUCUGUGCUCCUCGUUACCACCCUGGUGUGGCACCUCCUGAGGGCUCCCCCAGAGCCACCCACCCCAGAGCCCCCUGAGGACAGGCGCCAGUCGGUGAGCCGCCAGCCCUCCUUCACCUACUCGGAGUGGAUGGAGGAGAAGAUUGAGGAUGACUUCCUGGACCUGGACCCCGUCCCUGAGACUCCUGUGUUCGACUGCACGAUGGACAUCAAGCCCGAGGCCGACCCCGCCUCACUGACCGUCAAGUCCAUGGGUCUGCAGGAGAGGAGGGGCUCCAACGUCUCCCUGACCCUGGACAUGUGCACGCCUGGCUGCAACGAGGAGGGCUUCGGCUACCUGAUGUCGCCCCGUGAGGAGUCAGCCCGGGAGUACCUGCUCAGUGCCUCCCGCGUCCUUCAGGCCGAGGAGCUCCACGAGAAGGCCCUGGACCCCUUCCUGCUGCAGGCGGAAUUCUUUGAGAUCCCCAUGAACUUUGUGGAUCCGAAAGAGUAUGACAUCCCUGGGCUGGUACGGAAAAACCGGUACAAAACCAUCCUUCCCAACCCUCACAGCAGAGUGUGUCUGACCUCACCAGACCCCGACGACCCUCUGAGUUCCUACAUCAACGCCAACUACAUCCGGGGCUACGGUGGGGAGGAGAAGGUGUACAUCGCCACGCAGGGCCCCAUCGUCAGCACAGUCGCCGACUUCUGGCGCAUGGUGUGGCAGGAGCACACGCCCAUCAUCGUCAUGAUCACCAACAUCGAGGAGAUGAACGAGAAGUGCACCGAGUACUGGCCGGAGGAGCAGGUGGUGCAUGACGGUGUUGAGAUCACCGUGAGGAAAGUCAUUCACACGGAGGAUUACCGGCUGCGGCUCAUCUCCCUCAGGAGCGGGACGGAAGAGCGAGGCCUGAAGCAUUACUGGUUUACGUCCUGGCCCGACCAGAAGACCCCAGACCGGGCCCCCCCACUCCUGCACCUGGUGCAGGAAGUGGAGGAGGCUGCCCAGCAGGAGGGGCCCCACUGCGCCCCCAUCAUCGUCCACUGCAGCGCAGGGAUUGGGAGGACUGGCUGCUUCAUUGCCACCAGCAUCUGCUGCCAGCAGCUGCGGCAGGAGGGCACGGUGGACAUCCUGAAGACCACAUGCCAGCUCCGUCAGGACAGGGGCGGCAUGAUCCAGACCUGCGAGCAGUACCAGUUUGUGCACCAUGUCAUGAGCCUCUAUGAGAAGCAGCUGUCCCGCCAGCCCCCAGAGUGACCUCCCUGCCCCCCCACCGAGGUCCUCCGGGCACCACCCAGCCCGAGUCUGGGCCCUCACCCCAGCCGCACCUCCAGGACCCUGCGUCAGGUCCUGGCCUGCUCCCUGCCCCGCCCCUCCUGCUUCCUCCUCUCCAGCCUGGCCCCUGCCCCCGCCCCCCACAGCUCUUCCUACUGUAUAUACUGGGGGUGGGGCAGGGCGGGGGAGGGACGUGCCAGGCCAGGCCUGGGGCCCCAGGGCCUGACCCACACCACGCAGACCUGGGGCCUCGGUUUUUAACGACGGUUCCAUUGCUACUUGAUUCACAAUGUUUCUGUGCCGCACUCCGAGUGUCCUGCCACGGCGUGUCCUGUCUGUCCAUCCAUCUCUGCUGUCUGUACCGGACACUGUGUCUCCUCAGCCUGGGGAAGGGGUGACGUGCUCCAGCCCCUGAGUGGCCCAGCCAGAGCUGCCUGGCACGGGCCCCGACCCCACUCCUUCCAACGGGCAGGUGGCGUUUUGCCCCCAGUUACUGGGACAGGGUGGGGAGAAGGGCCUGAGGAUCUGGAAGUCAGGCCUGGGGAGCUCCCAGAUGGGGAGAGAGGUCUCAGCAGGGGUCGAUGUCUCUGGGUCGGGGUGCAGGAGCGUCACAACCCGGGUGGCCUCUGGGUGUUGUGUCAGGUGCCCGCCGGAGGCCGUGACCAGCCGGGAGGCAUGGGGAGGAAGGGGGCAGAUGGGGGGCUGUGAACCCAGAGGACCUGGGCCCUGGGCGGGGUGGGAGGGGGAGGGGGAGCUCCAGGGGUGAGGUGGGGGCUCAGCCCCAGGUCUGAGUGGAACGUUCCUCCGUGACUGUGGGAAGCCUCCCCGGAAGUCGCGCUGCGUGCAGCUCUGUGUGUGUUCCUGUGUCCACGCGUGUGUUGAGAGCCCACCAGCAGGGCAUGCAUGACUCUUUGGCGACAUGUGUUAUCUUGGAGCCACGUGUUUUUACUGCUGACUUUAAAUAUUUAUUCCACGGCAGACAGAGACAUUUGGUGUCUUUUUAUAAUUUGCUCGUGGUCAUUGAAUAGAGCAAUAAACAGAGCAUUUUGAGCAAAACUA